UUGCGUCAUGUGACCUCCGAGCGUCAUGUGACCGCUGAAGAAGGAAGUGUUUUCUGACGUUUGCCUGGUGCACUAACUUAUGUUUGUGUACACUGCUCGCUACAGUCUAGAACUUUAUAACGAUCUGGACAGAUUGAAUGAUUCAAAGUGUUUCGAAUGGAUCCAACUGCUUCGGGAGUAUUUUGCAGCAGAAUGCUUAGCAUGGUCAACUCUGAGGACGUAAAUGCUAUCAUUCAGGCACAAAGACAUAUGCUUGACCGCUUUGAGAAGACUAACGAAAUGCUCAUCAACUUCAAUGGCUUGUCCAACGUCAGACAUCAGCAGAUGAACGAUCAUUUUCUACUUCACACUCGGACUCUGCUUGAAAUGAAGAAAGACCUAGACAGCAUCUUCAGGAGGAUAAGGACAUUAAAAGGAAAAAUCGGGAAGCAGUACCCAGAAGCAUUCAGCAACAUUCAUGAAUCCCCCAUCCUUGAAGAAGAGGAUGACGACUUCGAUCCAGUCCCCCCCAGUGUAGCAACCACCACAACCACAGCAACUUCAGAACAGAGCACAGAAUCUUGUGACUCAAGCCCUGAUGUCAUCUCUCCAACUGUAAGCCAUUGCUCUGAUGACCUAUCCCAAGAGCAGCCAGAUACCCCAACCCUCAUCAGUCCUGAGAAAACCGAGCUUCAGGAUGAAGGUCCAGAUUAAUCGGACAAAUAAGGUUCAUAAAAGGACUUGUUUUUAAGGACGCUUGCUCACUGGAAGCACAUAUUGUGAAUGGUGUGGCCAUGCAGUCACCUGCUGCUGUUUUGUAAAAAUGCUUAUGUUACUGUGGUGAUCACGCUAAGGCGUACUUAGUGUGUUGUCACCCAUGUUUGUCAAGUAUUUGCCAUCUGUGGUAAAAGCAUGAAUGAUUUUGUUUAACAUUCAUUGACCGCUAAGCACGGCUGAGUACAUCUUCUGCCACAUCAUAAAAUGUCUUUUCUGGUUUGUUUCUGUAAUAUAUUUAAACAUUUUAAAUGUUAAAUUAAAUGUAUGAAUUAAUGAGUAA